AUGAGUGUUGAAGCUUUGCGAGCUGUCCGGUGUGAUAGGCAAUCAGUUUGUGCAAAUUGUAUCGACUCUGGUCAGGAAUGUCUUAGACUAAGGCCUGAUCGUCCCCUUCGCCGCAAAGCACCUUCUGCUAUCUCUACACUUGGAGAAAGGAUACUUAAGCUUGAGAGUGCUUUUUCCCAGCCAAAUGGAGGCGAAGAGUCGAUCCCAUCUAACACGACAAAUCAAGGAGACUAUGGUCGCCCUUCAAAGAGAAAGAGGUUUGACCAAUUAUCAGAAACCAGAGACUCCUCCAAGUCUCCUCAUGGGAAUCGUGGUACCAUCACCCCUGAUGAUUCAACCCACCACGCUGAACAUGCUAAGUUCAUUAUCCAAAGUGAACUGUACCAGAAUGACAAUAUAAACCAUGAGCGACAGGUUAUCUUGAAGGCUGCACUAGAAUUUAUGAAUAGCAUGACACAGGACAAGACUUCUGGCGAUGAUUUUCCACCACUAAAUGCACCGUGUGACGGUCAUGAUGGCCGUGGUGGCAUUGAUGGUACACCUGAAUCAAUAUCUCCAUCACCGGAGCUAAUCUACAUGCUAUUAGAAGAGCAAACUUUUGCGGCUGAAAACUCCCAGUCCAUAAUAUGGCCUAGUCAUAUUUCAAAAAACACCUUCAAAAAGAUGGCUCUGGUACUUCUUGAUGGUGAAGCUAAAGGCCAGUUGUUCUACCAGUAUUGCAUAUGUGUUUACCAAAGAGCUAUAGGCUACAUGUAUCAAAUGCCCAGGGUCCAUACGGAACCACGCAUUGAGAAGCAUUUCUUCAAGUCGAAAAAGCUGUAUGAAGCGCGCUCUCUUCAUGCUCUUGCGAAUCUCAAUUUUCUGAACAACCCAAGUCUUCCCCUCGUCCAGUCACUUAUAUCUGCCGCACUGUUGAUGCAAUGUCUUGGGAACACGAGUCAGGCAUGGGUUUUUACCUCUUAUGCUGCUCGUCUGAUUAUUGCUUUGAAAUAUCAUGAAUUCCGUGACACUGCUGCCCCAUUAAUCAUUGAUGAGGAUAUUCGCAGCUGUUUAUUCUGGUGCUACUGCCUUGAUCGAUCUUUGAGCUCUGUUCUUCGUCGACCAUUAUCCUUGCCCGAUCUUCCAGUAUCGCCUGCCAAGCUCAUAGGCGCCGAAACACCAUUACCAUAUGCUCCUUUAAUACGCAUGAUCAUAAACAUGGCUGAAGUUCAAGGGAGUCUUCUGAGCUGCAAAGAUGCGGGUGAUACUCGCCAAAUCAUAUCCAGUCAUACAUUUCUUCAAGAUCGAAUGUUUGAGAUCUACUCAGAAUCACAAUCUAGUCGAGCUGCUGCUUCCGAGUUUCUCGAUACGGAUUGGAUCGCCAUUGAUUUCUGCUAUCAUUCUAUUUUGGUUGAUAUAUUACGAUCGCGCUUGAGAUAUGCAUUCUCUCCAUUGACACAUCGGGAAUGUGUGGCCUACGCCCGCAAGUCCUUGAAGUCCUUGAAUUCCCUUCAAAAAUUUUAUUUCAAGGGUGUCGGAAUGCCUGGCUUCACGGAUCCAUUUCCCUCUUUCUUAACUUGGACUGUUUUAUACUACCCACUAUCUCCAUUCUUUGUUCUCUUUUGCAACAUCAUUGGGGAAUUGGAAUUGGAAGACUACAACUUGAUCCAAGAAGUAACGCAGAGCCUCUCUCAUUUUUCCGCAAGUCCAUACAUUGCAAAGCUACUCAAGCUGUUAGAUUCUUUACUGGGGUUCUGUAUCCCAUUGAUUCAGGCUAAAGAACGACUAGAUCAACAGAACAAAGCUGCACCGACUUACCCAUCUAUGAACGGGCAAGAUAACUGGAGUGGUAUCAAUGAUGGUUUGGUUUCAGCUGAAAAUUCUUACAUGGACCCGGUUGUCGAUCUCAACCUUCAGCAGAUGCAAAGUCUCAGUGAUGAAAAUUACCCUAUGACUGAUGGACUGAUGCAAAACCUAUUCAAUAGUCAGCUUUCACUAGAGUGGCUUGAGUCGGAUUUGUUUUCCUCAGAAAAUAUGAAUUGA